AUGCAGAGCACAAUUAAUAACAGCAAUGUGAGCAUUAAUUUGGGAUUUUCCUCCUUGAGACCCUUAAGUGAGAAAAUAUUGCUUGUACAGGUACUAGUUGGGAUUUUUCUGUAUGUCAAUUUGUCAAUGUUUUUUACCUUUCUGAAAAAGGAAAUUUUCAGAGAGGAUACUAGAUACAUUUUGUUUGCACAAACUCUCUUCAACGAUACUGUCCUUAUGGUGAUAACUGACUUGGCUUUACUCGGGAGUUAUUAUAAGCUCCCUAUCCCAGUGAUUCCAUGUUGUAUAUUUUCCACAGUUAUGAGCUGGCUUAAUGUUUGUACUCCUUUGACACUGGUGGCCAUGUGUCUGGAGCGCUAUGUGGCUAUCUGCAUGCCACUGAGACAUGCUGAUAUCUCCAACACCAGAAACAGACUGACUGGUCUUCUCAUCAUUUGGUCUGUCAGCUCUGUAAUACCCUUGCUUACUCUUAUUGGGUUUAUAGCUGUGGUCCCACAUAGCGUUAUACUGUCUUCUGCAGUGUGCACUGUAGAAAUGCUGUUAGUAUUAACGUGGCAGGCUCAGUUAAGAGCAGCUCUUUUACAGAUAUACUUCAUCUGCAUGUUUGUCAUCAUUGUGUUCACCUAUAUCAAAAUUAUGAUGGCUGCAAGAGCUGCUUCUUCAGACAAUAAGAAAUCUACAUACAAGAGUCUCAGAACAGUACUUCUCCAUGCCUGUCAACUCUUCCUAUGCUUGGUUCAAUUUUUAACCCCAUAUAUAGAAAUGGCAGUUAUGCAGAUUGAUUUUAUGCUGUUUGUCAAUGUAAGAUACUCUAAUUUCAUAGUGUUUCUUAUUGCUCCACGAUGUCUAAGUCCAUUGAUUUAUGGACUAAGAGAUGAAAAAUUUCCAAAGACAUGUAUGGAAGGCAUCAGAUACUCCUACCAAGACACUGGCCCAAAUUUGAAGUUGGUCCACAGUUGUUUUCUGGCAGCGACCUACUGCUAG